AUGGAAGGUCAGCGUCGGAAAAAGGUGCUCGUAGUCGGAGCCGGGGCUGCUGGAAUGUCAUGCGCGCAUCAUCUCUCCAACCACCCCGACAAAUUCGACGUCACCCUCGUCGACACCAACACCUAUUGCGGCGGCCAAGCCUUCAGCAUCCCCAUCGACAAGGAGAAGACCGGCGCGUCAUGGCUCAACCAAGGCGUCCAAGGCGGCUCCUACAUCUUCCACCACACCCUCACCAUGUUCGCGCGCAACGGCUUCUGGGCCGACCCCGUGAAGCUGCAGGUGUCCUUUGGCAAAGGCGAGAAUUUCUGGAGCAACGUCUUUCCCACGCAGCUGCUGAAGAAGCACGAAGGGGAAGUGCGCCGCUUCUACUACAUGCUCAAGAUUGUGCGCAUGUUCGAGCUCUUCUUCGCCUUGCUGCCCAUCAAGUAUCUGGUACGCCUUUUCUGGUUCAGUGAGGAGUUUGCCAAUACGAUCGCGCUCCCCAUGAUUGCCUUGUUUCUGGGCACGGGCAACUAUACCCCCGAAGUGCCGUCGAUGAUUCUGGAACGCUUAUCAACAAGUCCGACUUACGGCAUGUGGUAUCCCCCCGACAAGGCCAGUGUGGCCUCCAACAUCCCGCCCAUGGUCGUCUUUCCCAACUUCACCGAAUUCUACGACACCUGGCGGAAGAAUCUGAUCGAACGCGGCGUCAACAUCCGUCUCGCCACCGAAGUCACCCGCGUAAUACGACGUGAUAAGAACGGAGUAGCUGUCAACAUCAGAAGCCUCGCCAAAGACACCCAAAACGGCAGCACCACCAGCCAAAGCGACUCCCCCGAAGCUCUAGAAGAAUACGACGAACUCGUCCUCUGCACCCUCACUGACGCCGCCAAGCAACUCCUCCAACCAACCAUCACCACCCUCGAAUCGCGCGUCCUCAGCUCCGCCAAAUUCGCCAACGACAUCACCGUCACCCACCAAGACACAAACUACAUGAAGCGGCACUACGAAAACUUCUACAACCCGGAUCUCGCCGUCAGCAGCAUCAACGGCGUCGACCAAUCCGCGCGCUGCGCCUACGCAAAAGACAACUUCAAAGCCAUGUACCUCAUCCGCAUGUACCCCAAAGACGUCAGCAAGCUGGAGAUGUGCUUCGACUGCACCAACUACCAGGCGCAGUUCCCGCCGGAUGUGCCCUUUGACAAACACGUCUUCCAAACCAUCUUCCUCAACAACGAGCGCGACUCGCACCUCUGGACGCUCGACGAGAUUGAAGAAGACAAAAUCAUUCGGAAGGACUGGUGGCAUCAGCUCUGUCACAGCUGGACGCACUACGCCUUCGUCGUCCCCUGGAUGUGGCUGCUGCAAGGUAAGCGCCACACGCGAUACGCCGCGUCGUGGACGAUGAUCAACGCGCACGAGGUGGCGGUCAUGUCGGGCAUUAGUGCGGCAGUGGAUCUCGGCGCGGAGUACCCGGCCGAUCUGGAGCGGGACAAGUUUGCCUUUUUGGCGUUCCGGUUGUACUACUUGCUUGUGUAUGGACGCUGGUAUCGACGUAGGGCUACGAAGGUGACGAAGGAGGGAGAGGGGAAGGAGUGGGCGACGGGCAAUGAAUAUGGGAGUAUGUACGCGGGGCCGGGAGUGAAUUCCACGGUGGAGCGGUUGAUGUGGAAGAAAGAGGUGGAGGCGGGGAGGAGUGUGCAGAGUUUUUAG